AUGCAUGCAUCAAAGGACGUCAAUGUUGUUCCGGCAGCUCCGCUGCUUGCGUCGCCUGUCUCCUGGGAUGCUGCCAGCAGCAUCGUGCUGGAAGGCGACAGUGAAGGGAGCUUCAUCAAAGAGGUUCCGGAAGCGACUGCUGUGGCCGGGCAGGGUGCCCAAACUGUAGGUGCAUCGGACGCUAUGUCAAGGUGA